UCUACGCUAGAUGAGGGACGAUGUUUGCAAAUCAAGUGAUCUGAUGCACGGAAUCCGCUGUUUUCUGGCAAAUUCCUGACAAAAAACACGGGGCGAUUUGAGAAACCAGAAGCAGUAUUUAACGUUGGACCGGUAAUUCCUUGACCCUUGGAUCAACUGUUUAUGCGACAUUACCGUUGUCCAAAUAUAUUGCUGAAUAUACGAUCUCCACAGGCUCUGUUGUUUUUGCUCCGUAGGCCCCGAAGGUACAACAGUUAAACUGUGAAAAUGGGCGCUCUGUCUCAACUACUGUUUGUAUCACUUCUGGCACUCAAUGCUCAUGCACAAAGGCCCAGCGCCGACUUGGAGGAACUUGCAGGCAGGAAUACAGAGUUUGCCACUGCGUUAUACCGCAAGAUCGCUAGCUAUAGUGAUGACAACCUGGUCAUCUCUCCGUUGAGUGUAACCAUAGGCCUAGCUGCUCUGGCUGAAGGUGCUAGAAGUACCACAUCCAAGGCACUCCUAAGUGGCCUGGCCCUGGCGCCCAUGGAAAGGGACGGGCAGCCGGAGCGGAUACCUCAACUCCUGCAGCAGCUGAGGGAGACUGUGACCCAGACUCAAGCCACUGGCCUCUUCCUUGCUCAGCAGUUCCAGGUGGACCCUGAAUUCAGUGGCCAGGUUAAGAAGUACUAUGACGCAGAUGUGCGUAGCGUCGAUUUUGGAAAUGCACAGACGACCAAGGGGAUCAUUAAUGACUAUGUUCGGAGUGCCACAGGAGACAAAGUGAGGGACUUUGUGGAUUCCAUAGAUCCACAGAUCAAACUGGCACUCAUCAGUGCAGCCUACUUCAGAGGUCCAUGGAAGCUCCCAUUCAAUGCUUCCUUUACAAGUGACGAACGUUUCUACAUCGACAAGUACCACAUCGUCCAGGUGCCCAUGAUGUUCAGGUCAGACAAGUACUACCUGGCAUAUGACGCAAAAUUUAAGGUGGGCAUACUGAGACUUCCCUGUACAGAUGGCACUGCCAUGCUUGUACUGUACCCAGACGAGGAUGUAGAUUACACCUCCAUUGAUGAAGCAAUCACUGCUGAAGUAUUCGUUGGAUGGGUUGAAAAACUGAAGAAAACGAAACUAGAGGUACAGCUUCCCAAAUUUGUGCUAGAGCAGUCCUACUCCUUGAAGAGAAGCCUGGAGAGUAUAGGCAUCAAAGGAGUGUUUGAGAGCACUGCUGACCUCUCUGGUGUCAGUAAGAGCCAGGGCCUUCAACUGGCUGAGGUCCUGCACAAGGUGUCCAUCGAAGUGGAUGAAAGAGGGGCCUCGGGAGGUGCUGUGUUAGAAAAAAGCCCAAUAAUGGCCAGUCUUCCCCCUCGGCUAACCAUCAACCGACCCUUCCUCUUCCUCGUCUACCAUGAGGCCACCAAGGCCCUGCUGUAUAUGGGCCGUGUAACCGAUCCCACCAAGAAGUAGCCAUGUUUGCAUACACUUGCUAUCACACCUCACAUGGUGGUCUUUAACAUGGCAACAUCUCACUGGCCUGGAGACCCCACCUUGUAAGGUCUUAUGUUUUUAUUUCAAAAGAAAGAAAAGUAAACCAGAUCAAGGUCAUUUUUCCUUUUGAACCUAGUGUGUCAAAAUAAAGGACAAACUCUAAAACAGUGCAAUAGAGUGAUUAUGCAUUUUACAGUAAAAUCACAAAUUCAUUGUCAUAUGACGGGUGAUUUAGAAAUUUCAGUAAUGGGAAAAAAUCCUGAAAAAUUGUUAUGAACUACAUUUCCGUCCUUUACUGUGUAUACUGUGUUACUUACUAUGCUUAUGUUAAUGUAUAGUGACACAAGGUUGCCCAUCAAUGUAACAGUCCAUUGUGUAAUUUGAAAUAAAUAAAACUACUAAACUGGUUUUUGGCCUUAAAGCUA